GGCGGAGGCGCCGGCGGGGGACUGGAGGCCCUCCUUGGGCUCGGGGGAAGGAGCUGGCUCGGGGGGCUCCAGUUAAUCGCCAGGAUAAAGGUCAGCAGCGCCUCCAGAGUGUUUGCGUUCCUGGCACACGGAAGUCCCAGCUGCAGGGCCCCUCGGGGAGUCCAGGUGGGAGCGGGUCCAGCUCGGCUUGCUCUCUGACCGCCUUCUUCCCGGAGGCCACCGCGGGGCACAAAUGGAGACUGUUGUGAUCGUGGCCAUUGGGGUGCUGGCAACCAUCUUCCUGGCAUCGUUUGCGGCCUUGGUCGUGGUGUGCAGGCAACGGUACUGCCGUCCCAAGGACUUCUUGAAUCACUAUGAUACCAAGCCCAUCGUGGACCUCAUGGGCACCAUGGAGACCCAGUCGGAACCUUCGGAACUCGAGCUGGACAACGUGGUGAUAACAAACCCGCAUAUUGAAGCCAUCCUGGAGAAUGAAGACUGGAUUGAAGACGCCUCGGGCCUGGUUUCCCACUGCAUUGCCAUUCUGAAGAUCUGCCACACCCUGACGGAAAAGCUUGUCGCCAUGACGAUGGGUUCGGGGGCCCGGAUGAAGUCUCCGACCAGCCUGAGUGACAUCAUUGUGGUGGCCAAGAGGAUCAGCCCCAGGGUAGAUGAUGUUGUCAGAUCCAUGUACCCGCCGCUGGACCCGAAGCUUUUGGAUGCCAGGACGACGGCCCUGCUGCUCUCCGUCAGCCACCUGGUCUUGAUUACCCGCAACGCCUGCCACUCGCCCGGCGGCAUGGACUGGAUCGACCAAUCGCUGUCUGCAGCUGAGGAGCACAUGGGUGUGCUGCGCGAGGCAGCCCUGGCCUCUGAACCGGAGCGCGUUGCCCCUGGGGCCGAGGGCUUUCUUCAGGAGCAGUCUGCCAUCUAACAGGCCCAGCGGAGGCCCUGAGGCCCUCUCCUCCCCUCCCCAUCUCUUCCCUACCCCCUCCCAGCACUGCUGUCAGGAGGAAGGACCGUGGCCAGCCUACUGCGUAGAAUAGCUUUGCUUAUCGGGGGGCACAUCCAAGAGCUGCGGAACAGAAUCUCUGCUUGGCUGCUACUUCGUUCUAACUCUCCUUUGGGUGGAACAGCAGCGGCCCUUAAGACAGCGGGUGUGGUUCUGGGGAUCAUUUCUCUGCCAUUAGAGGAGGAAUUUAGUUGUGCUGACAACUCUGGAAGUAAGGCCAGAGGGGUGGGAAUGAAUGCUGAGAAUCUUAAUGCUGGGUCCAAACGGCUCCUUUAGACAGCACACGGGGACUCAGGCCACGGGGCUGUCUUGCUUUUCCCUCCCUGCAUUGUUAUGCUCUUGAAAGACCCCACUGUGCCCAAAGUGGAAACUGUACAGAGUUCAAAACUUGAAGGUUAUCUUCAGUACCAGGGCACAGUACCAAUUUUGACCUGAAAUACUUCAGUUUCUUCAAUACCUAAGUGGGGGCAAGCUGACUUUGUACCAAUCUUUAGAGGGGUUUUGUUUUUGCCGGCAUUUCCCCCUCCUUUUGGAGCAUCAUUUAUGUAACUUUCUUGACAAGGGCUCAAGAGUGGGCAGUCUUUUAAGGUCGCCUCCCCCCCCCCCCGGCAUUGUCGCUUACUGUUCAUAGGUUACAGCGAACACGUGUACAUCUGUUUUUAAGAAAAAAACAACACACAUUCACUUUACAAAUGAAACCGGGGAUCAAAACCUGGCUAAGUGUGGGGUCAAAACCGUACAUUCAGCUGGGUACAUAUGCCAAAUAUGGGCUCUUCCACAUUCUCAUUUCUCACACACUGCUGUAUGUCGAGCAGUUUAAGUGCAGGAAAAUAUGCCAGACAUACAAUGAUGUACUAUCAAACUGACCACUAGAGGGAGCAAAAUGCAUGUUAAAAAAAGAAGCAGCAGCAAUAGAGACUCACAGGGGAGGAAAAUGAGAGAAUGCGGAAGUGCGCUGAAACAUGAGAAUUAUCCAAAGCACUUAAAGAAAGGUGAAGUUCACAGUGUAAACGGAUUGUACGCGUGUUCACUGUCUCUUGUGAACAGGGCUUCUUCCUAUUGAUUUCUUCAGUACACUCCAAGUCACACUGUUUGUUGCAGAAUACUCUUCACCCCACAUUCCAGGGGCUUGCUCUGACUGUGGGGCUUGCUCUGACUGUGCACUGUCUCUCCCGGGCCUUCCCUAGCUUCUUUCCGAGUUGUAGGGCUGAACCCUGGAAUAAGAAACAGGUUCUGGAAUUAAGACUUGGUGGGUCCUGCCUCUGAUGUAGCCCUGCUUGCUGUGCUACUGGAACAGAGUCCCUUCCGUGGAAGGAAAGGGAGCCCUAGAUGCAGCCCAGCCCUCGGGGUCUUUAGCUGCAGGCCUCUCCCUCAUCCUACACUCCUCCUUAGCUUGGGGAGGGUUCCAGUGUUCACAUGCUGGCACUCUUAGCUUCUCUGUUCAAGGUGUUUCCAUAAGAAUAAUAAAGA